AUGCUUGACGGCGAAAUAAUCGGCCAAGGAUCCUCCAGUCUCGUAGUCGUGCGCAACGAGUCUAGGUCUUCAAAGAAAGUCAUAACUGCUUUUAAAUGCUUUUUGUGCGAAAAAGGAAACGUCCGAAAGAGAAAACUAUACGAAAAGGAAGUGCAGGCAUUACAGCGAUUAAAUCAUUCGAAUAUUGUUACUUAUUACGGAUGCAAUGAGAGUAAUGGGCUACUUGCAAUUGAAAUAGAGUAUUGUGAACGGGGAAACCUUCAGAAAAUCAUCUACGAUCAAAAGUACGUCUAUUCGAUCACGACGGUUCUCACUUGGGCCAAGCAGCUAUUUAGUGCUCUAUCAUACUUGCAUCAAGAGCGUAACAUUGUUCAUCGAGAUGUGAAACCUGCAAACAUCUUUGUGUCGAAAGAUUUUCAUCUGAAACUCGGGGAUUUCGGUUGUGUUCGCCAAUUGGAGGCCACAUCAACGGGCACUCUUGUUGGAACACAACGUUAUAUGAGCCCCCGAAUGAAGAGUAAAGAAGAGCCAUAUAAAGUCUCAAAAAGAAAUGAUGUGUAUGGCGCUGGACUCGUAUUAUGGGAAAUGGUUGAACGAAGGUCGGUUUUUGAUGAAUAUACGCUUGAUAGAAAUUUUGAUGCGAACAACUUUUACAUUGAUAUUUUCACGAAGAAGUUGACCGCUUUGAAGCCGCCGGAUUGCUUUGAUGAGCUGAAGGAAUUAAUCGUCAUCACCACAAAUUUUGAUCAGAAACAACGUCCAUCUGCCUCGCGUGUGCUCGCUCAACUGAAGGAGAUCAUUGAGGUGGGCCCGUCU